ACUAACAGAUACAUCAGAGCUGAAGUCUAAGAGACCCCGAGAGAGAGAGAGAGAGAGAGAGAGAGAGAGAGAGAGAGAGAGAGAGAGAGAGAGAGAGAGAGAGAGAGAGCGAGUGAGAGGCAGAAUGAGGCUCAGCACUGACUUCUCCAGCAGGGAGACCUAUACAAUGAGGUGUGUAAUUACACUGUGUGUGUUGAUAUUACAUGCAGUGGACCUAAGUAUGGCCCAAUCAACAGGUCCCUUUUACCCAUAUGGAACUGGAGACACUGUAAAUGUACGGAGUGAUGAUGGAAGUUCAUCUCUUAUUGUUCUUCAACAAGCAUUUAUAUAUUUUGUAAGGUCAUACAACCAAGUGUUUGUGAACAACAAUGGCCAUCUAACCUUUGUUCAAGCUUUGUCCAGAUCCUCUCACUACCAAUUCCCUGUGAAUGGUAGACAAGACAUAAUUGCUCUAUUUUGGACUGACAUUGAUAAUCGUGGAAACGGCGUCAUCUCAUAUCAACAGUUCACUUCGGUCAGUGUUCUGACUCAAGCUACACAAGACAUAAACCAGUAUUUCCACAAGCUGGGUUUCAGUGCUACUUGGGUCUUUGUUGCAAAGUGGGACAGAGUAGCCUACUUUUCGUAUAGUAAUACGAAUGUCUUCAAAAUUCCCUGGAUAUCACCACCGCUCAGGCAGGUCUUUGGGCACCCAUGAUAGUGCCUCAGUCUCCGUGGGGCCUUUUAUCCGGACCCCCCCAAAAAAGAGAUGUUUAGGACCAGAUGUGAGGAAAUGAAAAAGUCUUUCACUGGAUUUUCUGAACAUCCAGAUCAUUAUGCUGUGUUUCUAUGACUUCUGAAUCAUAAAGCAAUAUUAAUCAUUAAUUAUCCUAUUAGUAAAUCAAUUAAAUGAUGUCUUUAUAUGUAUCUCCUGAUUAACCAAAAUAAUUCUGCACAAAUCCUGAAAAUGUUUCAGGUUUGUUUUAAAAUUUUAAUAAACUUCUAUCUGUAUGCAUUA